AGUCGUCGGACUUCGUUCGCCUUGACGAGUCCUCCGCCGCUGCCGGAGGCCGUGUCCGAGGAGACCUCGGACGAGACCCUGGCCCUGCGGCCCCUGGAGCCCACGGCCGAGGAAGCCCCCGGAGACUGCACGCCCGCCGCCCCCGUGACCCCGAGGACGGCCGUUCUAGCCCUCUGCGACCGCACCAGGGAGCUGCCCUACCGCGCCGCCAACAGCGUGGGGCGACCCUUCCCCAACGCUUCUUCGGAGUCCGAUUUGGGCAGGUUCCUGAUCACGGGUUCCGGAGGCGUUGGGAUGUCCACGGCCCGGGGUGCCACGCCCCCCACCAGGGCCAAGUCCCCGUCCCUGAGCCAGGUGACCGCAGAUCCUCGCAAGGACAACUCCCACUCAUCGACGGCCUCCAAACUGGUCCUCAAGGAGGUCACGUCGCACGGCUUCAAGCAACACGUCGGAGAGAAGGUAGCACAGCGCAAGCAAUCUCGAGUUCAGCUGGACCGGGGCCCCGCUCCCCAGAGCACCUUGCAAAUCCUCAAGGGAUUCGUUCUGUCCCUGGGCGCCGACGUGCUGCCGGAGUACAAGCUGCAGAAGCCCCGGACCCACAAGUGGACCAUCCUGCACUACUCGCCCUUUAAGGCGGUCUGGGACUGGAUCAUCCUGCUGCUCGUCAUCUACACGGCCAUCUUCACGCCCUACGUGGCUGCCUUCCUACUCGACCAGCAGAAGCCCGAGUCCCGAAGGAACCGCAAGUACGGCGACGAUCCCAUCGUCGUCAUCGAUCUCAUCGUGGACAUCUUCUUUAUGAUCGACAUCCUGAUCAACUUCCGCACCACGUACGUCAACUCUAACGACGAAGUGGUCUCGCACCCGGGCAAGAUUGCCGUGCACUACCUGCGCGGCUGGUUCAUCAUCGACGUGGUGGCCGCCAUCCCGUUCGACCUGCUCCUGUUCGGCUCCGAGACCGACGAGACGACGACACUGAUCGGUCUGCUGAAGACGGCUCGGCUGCUGCGGUUGGUGCGGGUGGCGCGCAAGAUCGACCGCUACUCCGAGUACGGGGCCGCGGUGCUGCUGCUGCUCAUGGCCACGUUCGCGCUGAUCGCCCACUGGCUCGCCUGCAUCUGGUACGCCAUCGCCAACGCGGAGCGGCCAUACCGGCAACCCAAGAUCGGCUGGCUGGACCACCUGGCCAACGCCACGCACCAGUUCUACGUGAACGGCUCUCUGGGCGGCCCCAGCAUCAAGUCCAAGUACGUGACGGCGCUCUACUUCACCUUCUCCAGCCUCACCAGCGUGGGCUUCGGAAACGUCUCCCCUAACACCAACAUGGAGAAGAUUUUCUCCAUCCUGGUCAUGCUCAUCGGAUCACUCAUGUACGCGAGCAUCUUUGGCAACGUUUCGGCCAUCAUCCAGCGGCUGUACUCGGGCACUGCCCGGUACCACACACAGCUGCUUCGUGUCAAGGAGUUCAUCCGCUUCCAUCAGAUCCCGAACCCACUGAGGCAGCGCCUCGAGGAGUACUUUCAGCACGCCUGGACCUACACAAACGGCAUCGACAUGAACAUGGUGCUUAAGGGCUUUCCAGAGUGUCUGCAGGCGGACAUUUGCUUGCACCUAAACCGCAACCUCCUGAACAACUGCCCCGCGUUCCGGGGCGCCAGCCCGGGAUGUCUGCGGGCGCUCUCUAUGAGAUUCAAGACGACGCACGCGCCGCCGGGGGACACCCUCGUUCACCGCGGCGACGUCAUCACGGGCCUCUACUUCAUCUCCAGGGGCACUAUCGAGAUCCUCAAGGACGACAUCGUCAUGGCCAUCUUGGGCAAGGACGACAUCUUCGGCGAGAACGGCUGCCUGUACGGGACCGUGGGCAAGUCGUCGUGCAACGUGCGCGCGCUCACGUACUGCGACCUGCACAAGAUCCUGCGUGAGGACCUGCUGGACGUGCUGGACAUGUACCCGGAGUUCCACGACCAGUUCUCGUCCAACCUGGAGAUAACGUUCAACCUCAGGGACGACGACCAACACGGCGUCGACCCGGACCUCUUCAGGACCAAGCUCCUCCACAACAGGCCCGUCAGCUCCCCCGAAGAAGGAGACUCUCGGAGCCAGGCCUUCCAGUUCCCGCGUGCCCGUCGGCGUCGGCGGAGACGGCCGGGAUCUAUGGGCGGAGGCGGCGGCCGCGGUUCCUCGAGCGGGGACGACGAUUGCGGCAGCAGAGGUGGCGGCUUCUCCGACGACGGCGACGACGACGACCGGGGCGGCGGCCUCGGUUCGACGGCGCCGCUGCGGUCGUCCUCGGGCCGGGGCAUCCUCGAGUUCUCCCCAGACAAGGCAGGCCGCGACGUCACGCCCGCCAACUACGACUUCCAGGAGGCCGCGGGCUCUAGGAGCCCGACGUCCGACGGACGGCGACAUCGGAACGGAACGCUCAACUCCAUCGCCGGCGCCAUCACGAGCGUGACGAACCUGACGAGUGCCGUGUUUGGGACGAGCUCUGCGUCUCGGUCGCACAGCCCCGCGACGGCGCGGUCUGGCUCGGGUCGCGCCGAGGACGGCGACCUUCGGAGGUCGUCCCUGCACGACGCCCAGGCGGCGACCCUGGCCACCGAGCAGGCGGCGCCAGCCACGCACAGCACCGGCGCCUCGCCCAGGCCUUACGGAGCCGCCGCGACGACGCUGGUCCGGGUGGCCGGCUCCUCGGCGCAGGGCUCCAGCUCGAGCGUCACGUUGCCGGUGUCGUGCAGUCCGGCCACGGGGACGUCGCCGCCGCAGCCCCCUUUCCCGGGGCACCAGGAGUCUCAGGGUGGACGGCUCGGCGUGCUCGAGAGGAGAAUCGAUGACCUCGCUAGGCAGGUGUCCGCGAUGGAGUCCCGGCUGGCCCAGGACAUGCAGACCAUCCUGCGCCUUCUCGGCCAAUCAGCUCACCCUCAGGGAGACCCAAACCUGACGUCUUCGACCACGUCGGUGGCCGACUCUUCGCCGCACGAGUCCGCGGCGUCGGCAGCACCAGCGCCCACGCUGCUCGCCUCGCGUCCGGUCGACCUCCCGGUUCGCUCGAGGUCUGUGCAGGGUCCCGAACCACGCGGCGCCCCGCCCAGGACCGCGGCGAGCCUCCAGACGCUGCCUCUUGCGUCGCAAGCCCCCGCCAGGAACGCCGUCCUUGACGUCACUCCCACCGCGGGCCCCAGGAGAGCUUCCAGCAUGUUGACGUGCCCGGUGAGUCCGAGCCAAGAACGCUGGCCUGAGUCCGGUCGAAGUGCAUCCUUGCCCGGAGACCUGGCCCCGAGGAAGCCGAAGCUUGGUAAUAAGGACGGGUCCCUUCCGGAGGUUGUGGAUGCCCCCGGACAAGGUGGCGUGAUCCUGGUGCCCUCUGUUUCCGGCAGCCGGGAGAGGAGCAGGAGCAGAACAUCCGACGUCUGAGCCACGCCACUGGUUCUUCUGCCUUGCUCGCACGCACGUCGCGGCUCCCCUACAGCUUCGUCGAGCUUGGGCGGAUUCAUCUAGCAUGGACAUCUGCAGCCGGCCCGUCAAGGUCGCUUCCUCCUGAGCCGCCGGGAGCUCGCCCAGCACUACCGUGCACACAGCGGAAAUGGUGCCUUCACAGGCUGGACCUCGUCAAGCCACGCCUGCUUCCCCUAAAAAUGUAUAUGUCACCACUACAACUACCUUCUUCGGGACAACGCCAGCUCAGCAUACAGCACUGGGAAAUAUUGGUCCUUGAACGCUCCUGAACUCUCUUGGAAGCUCACAACCACUGCUGAUUAUUCUCAAUGACUACCGAAUAUCAAAUCUCCUAAAGAAGACUUCUGAUGACUUCUGAGGACCUACAUCGCGUACCGGAGCACGCCUUGCAUUUGUGGAGGCACCUACACGCCCCCCACUGCAAACUUCUCGAGCUUCUGCAACUGCUGGUUAGAAGACACGGGCUUCUCGUGGUUCUCGAGUGCAAAGAACAGCUUCCCUUUCACCUCAGUAGCCUUUUCACUCUCACUCUCGGUAAGGUGCUAGUUGCGAGUGUGCGCGUAGGACGUGAAAGAGCUUCUCUCGACUUGUGGACACGGGACGACGUUUCCGGAUCGAUUACCACCUCCGUUAUACCUUAGUUGUUAUUUUUAAAAUGGGUGUUAAGACCACGAAAGAACGACGGCAAAGAUGGUGAUGCAGUGGUCAUGUGACAUUCCGCGCGCACGUCUUCAUCGUGGCGGCGUCUCCGCGAGCGCAGCCAAUGUGUGGAGCAGCGCACCAUUUCUGGCGCUUCUGUGAUUGUUUCUGUGCAGCGACGACCGACGACAGCUGGGCUGGAAGGCGUCUCCUGCUGCACGGGCACUUAGACCGAUCUCGUGACUCGUUGAAUUGACUUCUUCACGGCUACGCCAUCUUAACGGCAAGUACUGGGAAAACAUGGCGGAUAAAGGAGAAUGACCAGCCCCUGCGGGACUACGCCACAACAUACGCUACGAGCCUCAAGUUCCUUAGCAGCCCGUGUGUGUGUCUCAACGAACUGGUCCGCGCGAAAAUAACGAAGGGCGGAAUCUCCCGGUAAAUUGUCAUACUCACAAAGCACACGCAUGCAUACAUUCAUACACCCACAGAAAGGAAGAAGAAACACGCAAACGAAAUGUUGUGUAAAAACAAAGAAACUUACGAAACAAAGUGUACGCUACUCAAGUACUCGCAGCACGCGGAAUGUAUAAGCUUACGUAUGGUAUGCAUUUUUACGGCACUUGUUUUUAUUUAAAAGUCUGAAUCCCUGUUGAAGGUAUGGUGCUCUCGAAACGCCAACGAUGAAAGUGGUCACAGGAAGUGCAAACGCUGUGCUAGAGCAACUAGUGGUAGUAACCAUAAAGACAAAACAUUUUUCGGCAUAGAUGACUUCCUGAUGCACCAUCAGUGCUCCUUCCAAAAGCCACCGCGGGGCACGUCUUGUCUUUGCCGUUUGGGAACGCCCAUUAACGUCUACCGGCAGGGGUGGCACAAAUGUCUCGUCUGGUCUUGACUACCCGGUGUACAGUUCAUAAACUUCGGCUGGAGUCUAUUACUAUGAGGGGUAGUAUUGAGAACGGAUCCAGUUUAUUGGGGGGGCUUAGCGUGGAAGCCCAACUUACAGAACGACAAUGAUGCCAUCUUCUGUGUCUGUUUGCGGGUCCAACAAUGCCGCACUGAGACCACUUCUACCGCUUCUUAAUCAAAAUGUUUGGCUCUCCAUAAUUUGUACGCCAAAUUAUCACAGCGAACUGUGUCGUUUUUACAUCUCAUCAUUGGGACGAUUGAGGCUCGGAAAUAUGCAGUAACAACAAUGUUCUGAGAGUCCAGAUAAACACCAUCAGCUCUAAAGCCUUUGCGAUAGAUAUGGAUGAGGUUACAACACUCCUCCCUUCUGGUACACUGCACCUGGGCAUCAGCGCUGGAACCAGACGCAAUCAUUUGAUAAGCAUGUUUGAUAUUAGAGGAUCUAGUCAAGAAAUGAAACGCAGAACAUCGUCAGGGCACCUGAAUGACGUCUAUUCCAUCUCUGGGUAAUGGUUGUAUACAUACAGCUUUGAGGCUUUCGAAACUCGGUGCUUAUAGCCUCACAUCGUGAAACCCUACCUACUUAACGGUCUCAACGCCGAGCUUUGAGUGAGGGAUGAGAUUAGAGUGACUGAAGUUUACUUACGAUGUCACAGAUAUCACUACCGCGACACAUCAUUUUCUUUUUGAAGUUUGUUUUCACGCGAAGGGCGGCUGCAUGAAAGCCACCCCGCCGUUGUUUCUGAAAGUAGAUGCUUCAAGUGCCUCGCUCUCAUCCAGCUUCCUUGCUCCGGAGCUUUUCCUCUUCAAGUCCUGUCGUUGGUUGUGCGGUGCGACGAAACCUACGGCGCUCGCGUUUGUCCGUCUUUGUCGCCGCGUCGUGAACUAUCGCCUUUUUCUAGUCCUGUCAUUCGAGGCAGCUCUAUGGGAAACCUCGUGCCGAUCCGAGAAAAGCACGACACAGUCAGACCUUCCCUAUCCUUGCUUGGGCAAGAGUUGCUUCGGUGGCACAUCCGGCAGCGGGCGAGGGCCUUGCGUAGUCUGGCUCGAGGAUGCGCCGGUUUCCUUCAAAGAGUUCAGUUCACUGGUCGUCCCUCCUUGCAACAGCACUCGACGUAACCAUGGGGCUUUCCAAUGCAUACCAUUUAUAGCGCCAGCUCUUGUGGGCUUCCGUGUCCGCGCAUGGGAUGUAGCCUCGGUAAUGUCGUCCGGGUGUGCACAACAGCUGCUGUCUUGCCGUCAUGUUGCUGCAACGAUGACAAGUCCUAAGAGAAAAAACUCUAAAGUCAUCGUUUUUACAUGACAAUGUUACGUCACGUGACGUCACGUUGUCAUCUGGUCGUAGAGUCGGAUGCAUUCGGACUUGUGAGGCAGCUUGUAGUUCAAGCAGGUCAUAGCUUUUUCGAGUGUGUCACCUUUUCCCACCUCGCUUGUUGUGCAAUAGCGCAUUGCCACUUCCGGAUUCGCCGGCGGAUCCGCGCAGGCGGGAAGUGGAUUUUGGGAGCCAGGUGGCGAACAGGACUCGUCGCUGGCAGAAAAUCUGGAUCAGUCAGGGACCCGUAUCCAUAUUUUCUGCCAGCGAUGAGUCGAUUUCGCCACCCGGCGCCAAAGUCCAUCUUCCGCCUGCGGGGAUCUGCCCCCGCGAAUUCGCAAAUGUAAACGCGCUAUAAAGCUGCGUGGGAGGGGCGAUGGUCGUGGCUUGAUGCAGUGCUUUUUCACUGGGUGAAUCUUCGCGCGAACGCUGCACUGUCUGGAGUUUCGUCGCUGGGCCUGCACUCUCAUAGCCCUACGCACAACUUGUGAAAUGGAUCGCAGGUAACAUAUUCGGCUCCGAUUAGUUAGUGGUUCAGUAGCUCAGCUCUGUUGUGCGCUAUCCUCAUAAACCAAAUCUGUAUUGGCGACAGAAUACUCACAAAAAAAAGUAAAAAUUUAAUGCGGGCAUUAGUAGGCAUUACAAAAGGAAGGUAAAAUAAACUAGUAUCAGUACGGGCGAGAGCAAGCGGCCACAUGGUUGUCGAGUUAUGUCUACAAAGAGGGGUGUGAUAUCAAACCAGUGUAUGUUCUGUUUUGUUUGCUGUUGAUUUUUCUCCUAUAUGACUUCUGAGCCCUUCCUCCUCAGACUACUUCAAAAGGUUGUAGAUAGAUUCUGUCCUCGCCCCGCGCGUUCUAUAGCUCUCACCUAUAAAAACAUUUCUCCGCUUACAUAAAAAAAGCGACGAAGGAACAUUUGUCUAUAGGGGCCGAGUUUUGAUGUACACUAGUCCACUUUUGCAAAAUCCUACAGCUACUGCGCUAGAAAAGCACGUGACCACGAGUUAGGCGACUUCAGAGAUACCGGGUGCCUGCGCACCACUCAACCUCCGCUCGCUGCGCGGAAAGUUUGGAAUCGACACAACUCACUUUAAUGUUCGCGCAAUGCAAUAAUGAUGAAUAUAGAUACUUCAUAACGAUGAUGAUAUAACAUUUCCAGUAGAGUAAAACGAGUCAAACAAGCGCUCAGUGUUCUCGAGGUAGCUCUAUACGUGGUGAAAACGUGUUAAAUAAAUUCUGAGAGCACUGUUUGAUUUCAGAUUGUUGCAAAUAUUUAACAGACAGACUGAAAAAAAAAGCAACUGCGCCUUUUUUUUGUUUUUGCG